GACCGAAGCGCUGCACUGAGCGCUCGCCGCCGCCCAGCCUCUCCUGCGCUUCUCUUUCUCUAUCUCGUCUCGGAACAACCGGGAGAGAGAAGUGGUUCAGAGCUCGGGGUCGGAAGGGGCAAUUCUUUCUGGCUUUUCUACCUUGCUUCUUGUCCCCCCUCUCCUUUCCAAUUGUAUGCGGACGAGUGUGAGAGCCAUGGAGCGAAGAGCCUGGACUCUGCAGUGUACUGCUUUCACUCUCUUUUGCGCUUGGUGUGCAUUAAACAGUGUAAAAGCGAAGAGGCAGUUUGUGAAUGAAUGGGCAGCGGAGAUCCCCGGGGGACCAGAGGCAGCCUCGGCCAUAGCGGAGGAGCUAGGCUAUGACCUUUUGGGUCAGAUAGGAUCACUUGAAAAUCACUACUUAUUCAAACAUAAAAGCCAUCCUCGAAGAUCUCGAAGGAGUGCCCUUCAUAUCACUAAGAGAUUAUCUGAUGAUGACCGUGUGAUAUGGGCUGAACAACAGUAUGAAAAAGAGAGAAGUAAACGUUCAAUUCUAAGAGACUCAGCACUAAAUCUCUUUAAUGAUCCGAUGUGGAAUCAGCAAUGGUACUUGCAAGAUACUAGGAUGACUGCAGCCCUGCCCAAGCUGGACCUCCAUGUGAUACCUGUUUGGCAAAAAGGCAUCACAGGCAAAGGAGUUGUUAUUACUGUACUGGAUGAUGGCUUGGAGUGGAAUCACACAGACAUCUAUGCCAACUAUGAUCCAGAGGCUAGCUAUGAUUUUAAUGAUAAUGACCAUGAUCCAUUUCCCCGAUAUGAUCCCACAAAUGAGAACAAACAUGGGACCAGAUGUGCAGGAGAAAUUGCUAUGCAAGCAAAUAAUCACAAGUGUGGGGUCGGAGUUGCAUACAAUUCCAAAGUUGGAGGCAUAAGAAUGUUGGAUGGCAUUGUGACUGAUGCUAUAGAAGCCAGCUCAAUUGGAUUUAAUCCUGGACAUGUGGAUAUUUAUAGUGCAAGCUGGGGCCCUAAUGAUGAUGGGAAAACUGUGGAAGGGCCUGGCCGACUAGCCCAGAAGGCUUUUGAAUAUGGUGUCAAACAGGGGAGACAAGGAAAGGGCUCUAUCUUCGUCUGGGCUUCUGGAAAUGGGGGGCGUCAGGGAGAUAACUGUGACUGUGAUGGGUACACAGACAGCAUCUACACCAUCUCCAUCAGCAGUGCCUCGCAGCAAGGCCUAUCCCCCUGGUAUGCUGAGAAGUGCUCCUCCACACUGGCCACCUCGUACAGCAGUGGGGAUUACACCGACCAGCGAAUCACGAGUGCUGACCUGCACAAUGACUGCACAGAGACCCACACAGGCACCUCGGCCUCUGCACCCCUGGCUGCUGGCAUCUUCGCUCUGGCCCUGGAAGCAAAUCCAAAUCUCACCUGGCGAGAUAUGCAACACCUGGUUGUCUGGACCUCUGAGUAUGACCCACUGGCAAAUAAUCCUGGAUGGAAAAAGAAUGGAGCAGGCUUGAUGGUGAACAGUCGGUUUGGAUUUGGGUUGCUAAAUGCCAAAGCUCUGGUGGAUCUAGCUGAUCCCAGGACCUGGAGCAGCGUGCCUGAGAAGAAGGAGUGUGUUGUAAAAGACAAUGACUUUGAGCCCAGAGCCCUGAAAGCUAAUGGAGAAGUUAUUAUUGAAAUCCCAACAAGAGCGUGUGAAGGACAAGAGAAUGCUAUCAAGUCACUGGAACAUGUGCAAUUUGAAGCAACAAUUGAGUAUUCCCGCAGAGGAGACCUCCAUGUCACCCUCACUUCUGCUGCUGGAACCAGCACUGUACUGUUGGCAGAAAGAGAGCGGGAUACAUCUCCUAAUGGCUUUAAGAAUUGGGACUUCAUGUCUGUUCAUACAUGGGGAGAGAAUCCCAUAGGCACUUGGACUUUGCGAAUUACAGACAUGUCUGGAAGAAUGCAAAAUGAAGGCAGAAUCGUGAACUGGAAGCUGAUUCUGCAUGGCACCUCUUCCCAGCCAGAACACAUGAAACAGCCCCGAGUGUACACGUCCUACAACACGGUGCAGAAUGAUCGCAGAGGCGUGGAGAAGGUGGUGGAUUCCGGGGAGGAGCAGCCCACACAGGAGAACCUGAAUGAGAGCCCUCUGGUAUCCAAAAGCCCCAGUGGCAGCAGUGUGGGGGGCCGAAGGGAAGAGCUGGCAGAGGGCGCCCCAUCUGAGGCCAUGCUCCGACUCCUGCAAAGUGCUUUCAGCAAAAACUCUGCCCCAAAGCAAUCACCAAAGAAAUCUGCAAGUGUGAAGCUCAACAUUCCUUACGAAAAUUUCUACGAAGCCCUGGAAAAGCUGAACCAACCUUCUCAGCUUAAAGACUCUGAGGACAGUCUGUAUAACGACUAUGUGGAUGUUUUCUACAACACGAAGCCUUACAAGCACAGGGACGACCGGCUGCUACAAGCUCUGGUGGACAUUCUGAGGGAGGAAAAUUAACACAACUGUGUGGUCCUAAGUUGGAAAUGUUCAUGCUUCUUCCUUUCCCUUAGAUUUUUGCCUGUGUCUGAAGUAGGUGUUUUGUCAUUGACUCUUCUGCUUAUAAUAUUUCCUGUGGUACCUUUUCUUUUUCCUUCCAAACUGGAUAUUUGAAAGCUAUGAGCUCAAGCAGUAACUCCAACAUCCUGAAUUGAUUAUAGCUCUUUCAAAACAUGUCUUCCCUGCCUGUGCAAGUAAAAUGUUUUGUUCUUUCUGGAGCCACGGUUCUCAUGUGGUCCCUGUACCACAUGAGAACGCCCCCUCGGGCCCUCCCAUUUCAUUUCUGCAAAGAAAAGGCAUAACCUGGGCAGUAGAUUAAUUUGAAAAAGUAAUCUGCAAAAGAUGAGAGGAAGAAAGACUGUUGUUAAUAGCUUGUCCCCUGUCGUUGCCAUGUCGUUAUUGGGUUUGAUGCCAGAGAAGGGUUUGGAAAGUCUCUACUGAUAGAGUUCAGUAUCAGAUUCAUACCCUGGGCUUUUCUUCUCUACGUACUGCUCACUCAGGAAGUGGCCAUGAAGUCAUCUGGGGGAAAGACUUGGCUAUUUAGAUCCAGAAACUGGCCUCCAACCCAGCGUUGCCUGGUUUGAGCAGUUUUAAACCAUUCUUCUUUGGUUGGUGUGCCAUGGAGAAGUCUUCAUGGACCUAAAGGUGGCGGUGACUCAUAUUGUGAGCUCUGGCCUUCUUCUCCUCCCCCUGCCUUCUCUUUUCUCAGCCACAAACUAAAUACUGAGAGAGCUAUUUACACCACUUUC